UAUUACUUGUGAGACAACAAGCCGAAAGCGAGCCAACAAGGUCAGUGAUCAAACAUGGCGGCAUGCACAAUGAUAAAGUCCGUGUGGAGCUCAUUUACGGCGUUAAACUGUGGCGUUAGCAGCAAUUUAAGUGCUAUACAUAGGAUAACAGUACCGCAGUUGACGUCUUUAGUGACCCAGCGGAGAGGACUACGCCAAGUCGUGGAAAAGCAAGAGGGUAACACUCUAACUAUUGAAGGGAAAAUCCUGGAUAAUCCAGCUGUGCCGCAACCUCCAAACCCUGCAGCCAAGUGUCCUAUUUACAGAUGGAACCUGCAAAACAAAUACAACUACACGGAUGUGGUGCUGCUCAGUCAGUUCAUCAAUUCAGAUGGAGGGAUGCUGCCCAGAAAAAUCACUGGCUUAUGUCUUGAGGAGCAUCGCAAGAUUGUCGUGUGUGUAAAGAUGGCUCACAGAGCAGGUCUGCUUCCUGACCACAGGCCCAUACUUCCAGAGGGCCAUGUCCCAAAGCCCAAGCCACAACUCAACAGAUACCUGACCUGCUGGUCCGUCAAGUCUGUCAAGCCCAUUUAUAAACGAGGACUGAAGUGGUGCAAGAAGCACAUGCAAGUUGGAAGCCCGCUGCUCAAAAACAAUGUGCGUUACGGUCCCAAGCCCCUUCAUAUUAAACAAUGAAAGACA